AUGUCCAACACAUUCACUAAUUCUACAAAUGGUUCCCGAAAAUACAAAAAGAGCGCGAAGAAUGAGACUGUGUCGUCUAUGCCAAUGGAUAUUGACGACGCGCAAGCUAAACGGCAAAAUGGUGGAAUUGUGCCUUAUCAGAUUCGUGAUAAUUCAACGAUAAAGUCAUCGUUUGGAAGUAAUGGGUCAAAUACGGUUAAUACUACUACUAAUAGUCAUUUGCAUCAGCAACAAAAUGAACGUUAUUUUAAUAAUAAACCAAAUGAUGCCCAGGAACCAUUUCAACAACAGAUACAACCACAUCAUCAAUAUCAUAAUCAAGAAGCUGGUGGUUAUGUCAAUUUCUCGAAUAUUGAUAACAAGAAACUUGCAGCCACUUGUGAUAUCAAUAUGCUAGUGGAUCUCACUUUAUCAAGAACAUCGUUGGAUCCUGAGGUUGUUUUAGCCGCAGCACAACUAUUUCAAUUCGCUAAUCAUGCAUAUCGCCAUGCUGCGGUCACCAAUGCUGGUGGAUAUUAUCUUAAUAAUCCAAACGGUGCCGAAGAUAUGGUCCCACGCCCAAGUGCGAUGUCACUGUCAAAUCUCUUGCUGCCGUCUUCAUCAGAUGAAUCAGGUGCUGCCGCCGCUGCUUCUUCAUCACAAACCGCGAGCGAAAAAAAAUUAUUUCCAGACGAUAAAAUUUUGAUGAGUUUCAAUUAA